AUGUAAACAAACAACUGUGUCUAUUGCAAUUUACCCUACGGCAUUUGAAACAUUCUCUGCUUUCUCGUCAUCAAUACGUCACGAACCGUGUUUGGCAGCAAUUUUUGCCAACAGAACUUGGCAUUACGCCCAUAAUUGCAUCAAAUGCAUCCAAUCGCAAUCAUUACCGAUCUCAGUCGUCUUUUAAACUGCUGUGAGUUAAGAACUGCACUCGAUUAGGUUCCUUUGUUAAUAUUUCCCUCGAUGGCACCGAAAAUUCCAAGUGUGUUCUUCAAAAAUGGAACCUCCGUACCAGUGCUGGGUCUCGGCACAUGGAAUUCUCCUCCGGGCCAGGUUACUCAAGCGGUGAAAGAUGCGAUCGAUGUCGGCUACCGACACAUCGACUGUGCUCACGUGUACGAAAACGAGCACGAAGUAGGCGCAGGCAUUGGUGCCAAAAUCGCACAAGGAAACGUCAAACGUGAGGAUUUGUUCGUCACGAGCAAACUGUGGAACACGUAUCACCGACCGGACCUAGUGAAAGGCGCACUGCAGGUUACGCUGCGCAAUCUUAACCUCAAAUAUCUCGAUCUAUACCUGAUCCACUGGCCCGUAGCAUAUCGCGAAGGUGACGUACUGUUUCCGCUACGCCCGGAUGGGAAGCGUGUCCACUUUUCUGACGUUGACUACGUAAACACUUGGGCCGCAAUGGAACGGCUUGUUGAGGCGGGUCUCGUACGCAACAUUGGACUGUCCAAUUUUAACGUCCAGCAAGUGCAGCGUGUUUUGGACGUGGCUCGAAUUGCUCCAGUUACCAACCAAAUCGAAUGCCAUCCGUAUCUGCAUCAGGCGAAGUUGGGUGAGUUCUGCCGUGCGCAAGGAAUCACCAUAACGGCUUACAGCCCACUCGGAUCACCGGCCCGGCCCUGGGUUAAGCAGGACGAUCCUAUCCUGAUGGAGGAUCCCACCGUACAAAAGCUUGCCCAGAAGCACUCCAAAUCUCCCGCACAGGUGCUGAUACGCUACCAGAUUCAGCUGGGCAAUUUAGUUAUACCGAAGUCCGUCAGCAAACAACGCAUUGCUUCCAAUGCCGACGUUUUCGGGUUUGAGCUGGACGAUGAAGACAUGCAACAACUUGCGGCACUCGAACGAAACGGACGCAUCUGUCCGGAAUCGUUCAGCUUCGGCCAUCCGCAUCAUCCGUUCGAGAAAGAAUUUCGCGAAGGUCGUCGUUAGUGUGCGCAGCAAAACUUUAGUUAAAACACAGCCAUAACACUUUAUUAAGUGGAUAAAUUAUUCUUGUACUGUAUUUAAUAAAUCGCACACACACCGCACAUAA